AUGCCAGAAUCCACCUCUCGCAACGGAAACUCAAACACUACUCUCAGCCAAAGUAACGUCAGUCAAGUACCACUGGCUAGUCGCAAUAGCGCCGACCGAUUUGCUCGGGCGCCUCUUUCAGAAGGACCUUACUACGCUGGCGCGCGAGCUGAAGACCGAAACUCACAUCUCGCCGGAUUAUCAAGCCAAGUGAAAGCGAUGGAUGAUAUCUUGAAGAACAGGAGCUAG